CGUUGUUUCACAUCAAGUGCUGAUACGGGGAAUCGAUGAAUCGUUUUCCACCGCCGGAAGCGAUAGGUUGAUUCUAUGAAGAUUCACGGUGGUAACUCGAUAAUCGCAAAUAUCGUUUGCUUUGUGGUUGUCGGUUGAUUUGUCACCGAAGGUAGAGAUUCUUGAUUCUCCCCUCGGUUAUUAUAUUGUACUCACCAACUCCGUGGUCCCGGGAUCGGAGGAGAUUGAUUUGUACCUCGAAAACGGCCCGGUCGUCGAGUAAGAGAGUAUCGGACGGGUGUUAAAACGUGACCCCGAGUUUAUCGCGCGGAGCCGGGAUGAUAUGCUCGGAGUAUUUGCCCGUUGGCUCGGGGCUGCGUUGCCCUCGGAUUAGAGGACGUCUGCUCGAUUUCUUCUAAAUUAAAACCAACUACCGACUAGCAUUUGACACGCAUCCCGCUCGCCGUAGCCGGCAAAUAACGCGAGAUUGUCUUUUGUCUUUAACUGGUGUAGAAAGGAACGGCAGGCAGCCGUUUUUCGCCGCUUUUUAAACUGCCGAAACAACUGCCGUCAGAGGCAUUCUGCUGAUCUAUCACAGUCAGACGUUAAGAAAGAAUUAAAAUAAAAACAUCGCGUUAACCUCAUACCACCGCACCACGCGUUUAUUUGACAACGAAAACCCAAGAUGGCAUCGCAAAGUCAAAAUUCUGUCAACGUAAAUCCGCCCGCUAACGGACAAUCCGCAUCACCCGAUAUAUCCGCUCCAAAAUCGUCUCAACCCACCCAGGAAACAAUGCAGCAACAGCAACAGCAAGAACAGCAUCAGCAGCAGACAAAUAAUUUUGAACCAAUUGACAAGAGUUCAUCGAACACCCUUAAGCGUAACCCUAAGAUGAAACUGAAGAAGAAAGAUCUGCUAAAACUUCUCGGAUACUUGGAAGGAGAAUUGCAAGCACGAGACAUCGUCAUAGCAGCUUUAAAAUCAGAGAAAAUGAAGCAUCUGUUGAACUCGCGUUACCUCUGCGGUACAAACGAUGCUCAGGCUGCUUUGGCAAGGGAUGACGCCGUUUUGGGUGGUGUGAUAGUCGCGGAUAAGAAGCAAGUUGAUCAGCAAGUCGCAAGUCUGGAAGCAUUGGUAAUGCAGCAAAGACGGACGCAGUGUCGUAUGGCAAAAGUUCUCAAGGAUGCAGAGAUAAGGCAUAGAGCGGUAAUCAAGGAGUUGGAAGAAGAGAAGCGAAAACACGAGCACGACACGGCUCAAGGUGACGACAUAACGUACGGUCUUGAAAAGGAGAGAACACGACUUAAAAAGGAGCUCGAGGUUGAGAAACAGGAGAAAAAACGAAUCGAGCUUGAGCUUAAAAAAGCCAACGAUACACUGGAAGAGGAGAAAAAUCGGCAAAAGCAAAUCGUCUUGCUUCUGUUAGCAGAGAGAAAGAAGAUAAUAAUGAAGUACAUAGAGGAACGCAAGAGGUCCGAGGAUCUGGCCCAGAUUUUGAGCGAGGAAAAGGUGCGGAUAGAUUCCAUGGCCGAGGGGCUGGAAGAGGAAAGCAAAAAGUCUUUGCAGAUGGAGGCCGAGCUUGAAAAGCAACUGGCGCAGUUUGACAUGGAGAGGCAACAGUACAGGCAAGCAAUAAUCAAAGAAGAGAAACGGGCCAAAGAGCUUGAGGCAGAAAUAGAAAAACUGAAAGCUGAAAUGGAGACGUGGAAGGACACUCAGAGUCGAACCGGACCCGCUAGGGUAGUCGGUGUGGCCCCACCACCUCCACCCGCGAAACCUGCUAAUUUAGCCACAAUGCCAACCAUGAGGACUGCGACUGCCCCGCAAACGCUGAAAGGCACGGUUCUGGGAACAGGAACACCUAUGGUGAGCAGUAAAGUCGUUCAGCCAACAGCUACCGUAUCUAGCGUUCCAGUAAGCGGACCCACAACGGGAUUUGCUCGAUCUGUGACGCCAGGGCAAGCUUUGAGGAACGUCGCUUAUACUGCACCACCACCACCAUCAACAGGAACUGGUGAGACUUCCAUGCCAACGGAGCCACAGGCACUAGAAAAACGGCCGAUCGCCGCGGUGUCGUCGGCAGGUCCGACGAACGCCACAAAACUCGCAGCGGUUGGACAAAGCGGUGCAAAGCUUCCUUACCACGGGUCAACAGGUUCGCCUCAAAUACCCGGAUUACCCCUGGCUAAAAAGCCGUCGAUAUCUCGAGGAGUCCCACCGCCAGUACCACCCAACAAACCUGUCGUGCCGCCAAAGAAAGAAGCAGCAUACCUAAGGCGAACAGAAACAGCUCAGCUCCCUCAAGACUCCUCAAAGUUUGCCAAACAAAACACUUCCCAUCCAGCUACAUCAGCCGCCUCUGUUCUGUCCCCAAGCACCAUCUCCACCUCUUCCACGCAGCCCUCGCAUCAAACUGUCACUUCCUCGAGUCAUGCGGUAGAAGAUGAGGUCGGUAUUAUUACGAAUCCACGUUGACGUGAUUUAAGUAAAGUAGAAAGGAAAUAGAAAGUUAUAAAAAUUCAAAUCAAUACCGUAUAGAAGCAUUUCUCUCAUAAUCAUACGAAAAGAGUGUAAAAUUUUAGAUAAUUUAUCAAAAACGAGUUCAUACUUGGUGGACUUACUAUUUCUUCUACUUCUAUUCAAUUUCAGAGCACUCCUCGCUGAUAUAAGAAUCGGGACGAAGAUCCGUUAUCUUGCUAAGAAGAAAAAAAGUGUCUCCAGUCACGCAAAUGCAUAUGUAUAUACAGUAAUAUCGUAUAUAUACACAUAUAUACUGUGAUACACAUGUAUAUAGAUAGUAAAUAGUAUUUUAUAAGAGUUCAAUAGAGCGAUGCGAGACAAUUACGGGGAAAGAGUGUGAGAGAUGGUACUCAUUUAGGAUGUACAAAAUUCGUCUCAGGAGUCGCACACAUUCGUCAGUUACUUAUUUUAAUUAUUGCCAAUAACAUUAUUAUUAUAACAAUUGCAUUAAACAGUUUGUAUAUUGUUAGAUUAGACUAGCUAGUCAAACUAGCUAAUGUUCCAAGAUUUUCUCCUGAAACUCAAAACCGACGAUACUUUUAAAUCGUUAGUAUUAUUUCAGGCGCAAUACUUCUUUAGAUAAAUUAAUCCGAGUAAAUGCCCGAUGAUUCUUAGUUCAAUUCUCUGUUGUUGGAGUAGACUGUGUUACAUUAUUAAAUUUAACUAAAUAAAUAAAUAAUAAUAAUAAUGAUAAUAGGUGAACUCUCGACGAGGAAAGAUAAGAGAAUUGUAAUAUGUACUAUACGACGAUCAGUAUAUAAAACCCGAUACUCGUAAAGAUUUGGAGCCAGGAUUAGCUACUGUCACUGCCUCGGGGAGAUUGACUUUUACAAAACUAAAGAUUUCAUGCGACAUGCAGAUGCUACGAGAAAAGUUACUACCUACAUGUACUAGGUAUACAAAUAACUAGUUAAUUGAAGGCAGCUUGCUAAGUCAAGGAGUGAAAAUAUUUUCAAGAAUAAAUGAAUUCUCAUAAACUAACCGAGCAAUGAUUAGUUUAUGUCGGACGUAAAACGACUCGUUGCAAAAUUCUAUGUCACAGAUAACGUGGAAUGUGUAAUUGAAUUAUAUUAUCUCUGUUGGUUCUGUAAGUCCUUUGUGAUAUCGGUUUUUGUAACGUCCUAUGUAAACGUUUACCUAUACUAAACAGAUACAUACACCUAUGUAUAUACACUAUACAUAUAUACAUGGAUGAAUUGCGAGUAGGCGUGUCUCUUUAACAAUAAGAUGAGGUUUUCUUUACAAUGUCUGAACAAAGAAUUUCACAGAUAUUAUCGGUACCUUGCGUUUAUUCAUUAUUAUCGUAUCAUAUGUUAUACCUAUACAAUAUAUAUAAAUGCGCUUUCUAAUUAAUUAUAACUUAAGGUACUUACCAAGUAUGCGCAAGAAAAAUUACAACUCGCCUCAGAAAAUCGAUAAUGCUGAUUUAUUUGUUGAUCUAUUUUCUUCAGGAAAAAAGCAAGUAACUUAAGUCUAAUAUGAUAAUGAUGAUAAUAAUAAUAACAACAACAACAACAAUAAUAAUGAUAAUAAUACUGGCUGAAGAUGUCAAGUCUCAAACGGAAACUUUUCUACAAGAUAAAAAGGAGACAUCGAUGACCAAUUACUUAUGUUUCUGAUUCAGUUGAGCUGGAAUUCCUGCUUCGAUUCGUGUAUUAUUUGGCAACAAAAAAAAAAAAAGUUACGACCACCUUUACCAUUAUAGCGGCAACUAUUCUGAUGUUACUGAAUUUUGUUUCUCAUGCGAGUCUUCCAGACAUAUUUUCCCCAAGAUAUAUUGUUCCGAAUUAUUGGAAUUCGUAAAAUCUAUCUAAUCUGAGUUUCGUUUCACUGUUUGAAGCCGCGAAAUAGAUUUACUUCAUGUUAUUCGAAAAUAUCUUUCCUUCGAGUUUCAGUUUCGAAAUUCUCAAUAACGAUUGAUUAAACGUCAUACAAAUGCUUGCAAUUUGUGAUUUUCUUAAAAUUGUUGUACAUAAUUUAUAGCAAACUGAUUAAGAAGUCAACGAUUAGCCGAUAGACUUUUUUUUGUUUUAUAAACUUGUAAAUAAUACUAUAAUAAUAUUUUAUAGCGCUAUAUACAAAUAAAUAUUUGCGCUUAUCUUGAGUUAUAAAGAUUUUGGGUAGUAUUUAUAAUAGAUCUGUGAUUGUAAUACUUUUUUAACUCUACCAUAUUAUUUAUAUUAUUGCCAACUAUGCGUGGCGCGGUAUAUUGAAAAAUUGUGGUUUUUGGAUCAGUUUGCUUACGGAUUUCAAUUAGUAGAUAAACCCUAGCCAUAGUUUAUACUUGACUUGCGAAUACCGUAUAAUCAGUAUGAGUAUACAUAAAAAUUGUAGUUUGUAUACGUUGUGUACAUACAUACCCAGAGUAUUGUGAUUCCCUGAAGUAAGAUACUCGUGUGUGGUUCAACAAUAACGUCACCUGCAAAGAGCGUCGUGUAGAAAAAUGUAUUUACCUAAAUAUGUAUGCGUGUAGUUCAUUUUCCAGUGUCAUGCGAUUACAGUAAAGUAAAUUAAAAUCAAGAAAGGUUUUCAUGCGAGAGAAUAUGAAUGUAAAUAUAUAAAGAAAAAUAUAUAAACGUAGUUGUAUUGAUCGAUGUAGCAACAAGUAAUAUGAUAAUGACGAUGAUACGUGAAAGAAGAAACAAAAAAGGAUGUAAUUUGCAAUUACCAUCAACAACAUCGAUCACAAUGACUUUACUUUAGACAUACACAAAGUUUACCACAAAAUUUUCAUAUAAUUUACUUUACACAAUUUCCUUAAAACGUACGACUGACUGCUUCACAAUCAUGCUAUGGUUAACACAAUACCCCGAAAUGAAAAUUUUUCAAUAAUACUAUUGUUAUCAUCCUGAUAAGACUUUCAUAAAAAAAAAAAAAAAAAAAAAAAAAAAGGAAUACUUAUAAAUAUGAUAUACAUUGUACAGCAGCCAUGCUUAUUGCAUAGCGUAAAACUGUUUGAGCAUUUCGAAAAUCCUAAGUUUCAACCUGUACAAUAUUUUUAAUACAACAAAAAUGAUGAUACGCUGUUAAUAUAAUAUGUAAGCUACAUAUUUAUUUAUACGUCGGCUAUCCGUCUAACCGCGUGUAUAAAUAUCCCUGCGUACUCGAAAUGAAAAUGAUCAUAACUUAUUCUCUUCUAGCAAACAAAAUUGUACUUAACGUAAAAUGUAAAAUAAAAUAUCUGUGUGUA